UAAAGUGACGCCAUCUAACUAACUAUAAUAUAGGCGUAGCUCAAAAUGGCAUCCAACGAGAAAGGUGUGGCUGGUGACAAUCUUGAAAGCACGCUCCAGUAUGCAAAGAAGGUAUUUACUGAGAGGCUAGGAGGAUCUCCGUCAGUAGUAGCGUAUGCUCCAGGACGCGUUAAUCUCAUUGGAGAGCACACUGACUACAACAAUGGCUGUGUUUUUCCUAUGGCACUCCAGAGGGUAACGGUUAUAGUUGGUCGUCCGCUGUCCAGUGGAAAGGAUUGUCGUAUCAUCACGACUGCAUUCUCAGAGGACAAUGAUGUCACUUUCUCUCUCCCUCCUCCUCCAACAGAUGAAGAGUAUCAGGACAAGACCUCGAGGAUGCCCCUCUCUUCUCCUUCUUGGACCCGCUAUGUAAAGGGUGUGGUUGCUCUUCUCAGUAGAGGAGUCUCAGGGGGUGUGCCUCCAUUUGAAGCAGUCAUCAACUCGAGCGUACCUUUGGGUGGGGGCGUGUCUAGCUCAGCCUCUUUGGAACUGUCGGUUUGUUUGUUUGUGGAGGAGCUCUGUCGAAGAGUGGGUGUGGUCCUGCCGACCUUUACCAAUCCGGAAAGAGCCUUAUUAUGCCAAAGAGCUGAGCACAUGUAUGCUCAUUCUCCUUGUGGUAUCAUGGAUCAGUUUGUGUGCAUGAUGGCAGAGAAAGAUAAAGCACUCUUCAUUGAUUGCCAACCCAAUAACGAUGGAACUUUCACUGCUGAGGGGGUUCCCCUUGAUUUGGAGAAGGAGGGGCUUGUUGUCAUGGUGACAAACACUAACGUCAAACACAAUGUGGGUGGUGGAGAGUACGAGAAGAGGCGUGACCGUUGCUAUGCCGCCUGCGAUAAACUUGGAGUAAAGACACUGAGAGAUGUUAAAAAUUUGGAGGAGAUUGAAAAAUUGAAGACUAGUCUCUCUGAUCCUGUUCCUGAUGGACCUACUGAGUACCAGUGUGCUGUGCAUGUUGUGAGCGAGAUACUCCGAACCAUUGAGGCUAAAGAAGUAUUGAAAGGAGGAAACUUCAGACAUUUUGGAAAACUAAUGAACGAGAGUCACGAAUCACUAAAAAAUGUUUACAAAGUGAGCUGCUUUGAGUUGGAUUGUCUUGUUGAGCUGGCAAGGCAGGAUGAGCGAGUUUAUGGAUCUCGUAUGACUGGUGCUGGUUUUGGAGGUUGUACUGUCACUCUCCUCAAGAAAGAGGCUGUGACUGAGACCCAGAAAAGAAUCCAGGAAGGAUAUGUUAACGAAAAAGGAGAAAAGAUGAAUGCAACCUUUUUCUUGGCCACCCCAUCCUCUGGAGCAGGCAUCAUUAAAAACAUCUAAACAUUACUCUAAGAAUGUAAAACGCUGUUUUUGUUUUUUUGAAAUUUUAAACAUUAUUAAUAACACAAUA